AUGUCCUCAAGUGAUAUUGAAUUUUUAGAGAAAUAUCAUCUUCAAUCCAAAGAUUAAGCUCUUGCUACUUUAGUAAAAGGAUCACAAGAGUAUAUCUAUUAUACUCUCCUCAAAGCCCUAAAUGAAUAACACUCAAAACUAAAUGAAGAUUAGUAAACACUAUUAAUGAAUCUGAAAAAAAAUUCUGAUAAUUUUAAGAAUAUUGAGUUAAGAUCUCUCAUGUUAGAAUUUGAAAGUCUAUGUCAAGAAGAAGACACUAAGGAAAAUUAAAUCAAAAAACAAAGAAUAAUGUAAAUUAUCAAUGAUUAAUUCCUUCAUAUCCAAUUCAAUAAUUAAGGUGAUAAGAGACAUGAAUUUCAACAUGAUGAUAAUACUAAGUAAGAUAACUCAUUGGGGAUUCGUUAAUACAAAACUAAAUUAGAUCCACAAAAUGUCACUUUAAAAACAUAUUUACAAAAGGCUUAUUAAAAUGAAAACCUUAAUAAAUUUUCUGUCUAUGCACUACGUUAAUUAGAUUUCGAAAGAAUGUUAAAAUGUAAUGAUAAAUGGAUUUAUGAAUACUUAAACAUUCUAGCUAAUUCUAAAGCAUUAGAAGGGUAUUUAAGUAUGUUAUUAUAGUUUGGAUUUUGUUAUACCAUUAUUUUAGAGACUAAUCAAAGGAGAAUUUCAAUUAGGAUCAAUUUUUACUGCCAUGAGUUUGUAAUAAAUGGAAGAACUUUAAAAAGUUUAUGAGGAUUUGAAUAAUAAUUUAGAUUACAUAAAAAAAUAUUAUUCUAAGAGAUUCGAUUCCAUGAAUCUCAAUGAUAAUGAUACUUUGAAAUAGAAAGAACAUUUAUUAUAAGUUUAAGAUUGGUAGAAGACAUUACCUAAAUAGUUAUAAUUUGAAUCCUUAAUUACCAUCAAUUUAUUAAAUCUAAGUAUAAUUUAUAAUUUACUUUAGAUAUUAAAUAGAGUAAUUAUGAUAUAAAUCUUUUUAUUUCAUAUCUUUAAGUGCCAUUAUAAUAAUAUCCUGGAAUCAAUCCAAAUAUAAGAGAUAGCAUGAGUAAAAUUAAAUUUUAAUUUAAUCCUAUCUCUAUACCAGUAUAACAUGAUCAAAUUAUUUAUUAACAUCUUGAAUAUAUGAUUAAAAAUGAUAUGGAUUUAGAAUAAAUUUAGAGAUAUUUUGAAGAACAUUAUUUGAAUAAAACAAAAGCUUUAUUGUAUUUGUAAUUAGGCAGAGAAGUAUCAAAUAUCAAUUAAAUUCUAACUGAAUCUGAAGUCAUUAAAUUAUAGAAUGAAAAAUAUAUUGAAUUUCAUGAAUAGACUAAACUAAAACGAUUCUAACAUGGAGAAUCAGUUAAAUUAAGUAUUUUCUUAAAGAACAUACCUUAAGUAUCAAUUAAAGUAUUCUAAAUUAACACACUUAAUUAUUAUUUACAAGAUAGUUCAUAGAAUUUCCUAAAUCUUAAUCUAAAAGGUUUGAUUCCUAAAAAUGAGAUGAUUUUUGAUUACUCCAAAGAUUUUAAACCUACAUUAAAAAUAGAAAAAGAAAUAGAAUUUCCAGAAAUAACUCAAUAAGAAAGAGGUAUAUUCAUUAUUGAUAUCUAUGGAAAUGGAAUUGUCUCAAGAGCAUUAAUUUAAAAAGGAAAUAUUUAAUUAAGAUAAAAAAAAAAGGUGUCAUCAGGUCAUUGCUUUGAAAUUUUGAAUGAAAAAUUAGAAAUUUGUUGUUCAGAUACUACAGGUCUUUGGUUAGAUAAAUAAUUUUAUAAGAUUGAUUAAGAGAGAAAAGAAAUUUUAAUUCCAUUUGGGAGUACUACUUAAGAACAUAAGGUAAUAAUUACUCAUGAAGGAUUUGCAAAUUUAUAAAGAAUAUAAAUUGAAUAAGAAUCAUAUAAGUUAAAAUGUAGAGGAAUAAUUUCUGAAGAAUCCAUGAUUAUAGGAAAUUAAGCUAAAGUAUUACUAUUCCCAAAAUUGUUUGGUAAUUAAAAUCCAAUUAAUUUAAAAUUAUUAAAAAAUACUUCAAUUUUAGUAACAAUUUAUAAUGAAGAAAUGAAUCCAACUGUUUAUACAUUUGAUAAUAUAAAAUUUGAGGAUAAGAAACCAUAUGAAAUGGAUAUUCCUAUUAGUAAAUUUAAAUAAAUCAGCAUUUCUAUUACUGCUAAAAUCUAAAGUAUGUUAAGUAAAAAAUUAAUUGAUUUAAUGGAUUGUUUUUCUAUAGUACUUGAAGAAUAAUUUGACACAGAAUAUUUUAAUAAUCAAUUUCUAUAACAUACUGAAAAUGAAGGAUAUUCAAUAUAUGUGUUAGGGAAAGGUGGAGAACCUAAAAAAAAUGUAAAACUAGAAUUAAAAUUUUAAAUUCAGCAUUAUUAAUCUAUUACAGAAAUUUUAUAGACAGAUGAUAAUGGAAGGAUACAUUUAGGAUAACUAAAAAAUGUUAUAGCAAUUGAUUCUAAACCACUUGAAUCUUAAUCAAUUAAUAAAAAUUCAAGGAAUUGGAUCAUAUCGAAUUUAGACAUAUAAGAUUUACCAAAUCAAAUUAAUAAACUAGCAGGAUAAACUAUCACUAUACCUAUUUGUAUUGAAAAGGACAAUAUUCUGUUAUAUAAAAUUCAUAAGAAUUAAGUUAUUGAUUAUUUCUCUUAAGCUUGUGUUUUAGAAAAGAAUUAAUUAAGCUUUACAUUAAAUGAACCUGGUAAUUAUGAAUUAUAAUUGAUGGUUGAUAACAAACUUAAAAUAAUAUACAUAGAAAUUUUUAAAGGAAUACAAAAAAAUGAUAGUGAUGCAUUCAUAAGCAAUGAGAAACUAUUAUUAGACCAAUAAUUGAACUAUUUAAUUUCAAUUCAAGAUGUUAAAUAAAUUAAAGAAGAGUAAAGUACCAAGAUAAUUGGAUCAAUUCAUUCAAAUCGUCCAGUAAUUCUAUUUGCAUUAGUUGAAACAUUCUAUAAAGAUUCUGAUGUAAUAAUUUAACAAAUGAAAAGUAUACUUUAAUCUAAAAAGAAAGAGGAAUUUUAAAUCUAUAAAAAAUAAAUUGAAAUCUUAACAAACACAUAAAUUUCAGAUGAAGAACGAUAUGUAGAAAUUAGAAAAUCAUAGGAAACAUUUAUUGGUAAUACUUUAGAUAAACCUCAACUAUUACUUAAUAGAUAAUGUAUAAGAGAGUGUGUAAAUGAAAAAGAAUAGCUUAAAGAUGAAAAAGGUUCCUCAGCCUAAACUGGAUCAAUUCCACCCAAUGAGCUAAAAAAAGGAUUACUUCAUAAUGCUGGAGAUGUUUCUAAUAUGAUUUCUAUUUUCUGUAAAUUGGAUUUUUUAAAAUAUCCUGGAAAAUUAAUUACUCUAGAAUUAAAUGAAAGCAAAGAAGAUGAAGAAUAUAAAGAAUUCUCUUUUGAAAUUCCCAAUUGCUAUUCUUAAAUUACACUUUUUGCUAUUAAUGAUUAUAAUUAUGCUCUUUAAUAAGUUUCCUUAUCUUUUGGUGGAAUCAGCACAAGAAGUCUUGAACAUUAAACUAAUCUAAAAAAAGAUAAAUGUUAUAAUAUUUCAAGGAAUUCUUAAGCAUUGAAAAAGGGGGAAAGUAUUUACAUUAAUGAUGUAACAGCUACAUAAAUAAAGAUUAUUGAUUCUUUAGAAAAAGUUUAUAGAGAACUAAUAUCAUUAAACAACAAUGGAAAAAAUUUAAGGGAAAAAGAUUUAUAAAAUUGGGAGUUUAUUAUAAAAUGGAAUUUAAAGACACUAGAACAAAAACAUCAACUUUAUGAUGAAUAUUAAAGUGAUGAGUUAAAUUUAUUUUUAUUCUUUAAAGAUCCACCUUAUUUUGAAGUUUAUGUUCAAAAUUAUAUUAGAAAUAAAAUUGAAAAAAAUCUGAUUGAUCAUUUUUUAUGCUAAAAUGAUACUGAAUUAGAAAGAUAUCUUUAAAUAUCCACUUUUAACACUUUAAAUACAAUUGAAUAAAUUUUAUUACUACUUUAUUUUUAAGAAAUUAAACUCAAUAAAACUCACUCCUAAAAUAUUUAUUCUUAUUUGCAACAAAAAUAUUAAAUUCUACAUUUCGAUUAAAAUUUAGCUUAACGUUUAUUUGACACAAUUUUAACUUCUCAGGAAGCUAAGGAAAUGAAAAAAAAUAAUACAAAUAACUCAAACAAUUAAUUUCAACCUUCAAGUAGAGGAGGGAUCUUUGGAGCUUCACAACUACAUCCACCGCCUCCUCCACCUCCCCCAGGCUUUUGCGGAUUGAUGGCACCACCUCCACCUGGAGGUUGUCCCCCUCCUCCUUCACUAGGAGGAUGUCCUCCUCCUCCUCCGCCUUAAAGUGUUUUCUCUACUUCUACUACAACUACAAAUUAGGUUUCAGGCUCUUUAUUUGGUGCUGCAAUAAAUACUACACAAAAUGGAAAUGACUAACUAAAAUAAUAAUUGUGCAAGAGAAAAAAGAUGAUGUGUUUUGUACAAAAAAAUAAAUCCAGUGAUGAUUCUAGUGAUGAUGAACACUAUAAUAUAUAGAGAAAUUAAUACAUUUAAAAUUAUAAAAAUGUUGAAAAAACCAAAGAGUAUGGGGAAAGGCAUUCCUUUUAUUAUGAAGAUUAAAAUAUUCCAGUAAAGCUCAAUAAAUUCUUUAUAGAAUUAGCCAAGUAUUCAAUGAAUUAAGGAAUUUUAAGUGCAUCUUCCUUCAUUACAUCUGAAAUUAUUCAUUACACUACAUUUUCAGAAUUCGUUUUUAUACUUUCUAUUUUAGAUCUGCCUUUCUAAAAUAUUAAAUAAAACUAUUAUUAAUUUUAAGAGAAGGGUAUGUAAAUUGUUACAGAAUCUAAUGUAAUUUAUUAUAGUUAAGAAAUUAAAGAAGUAGAUGUUUAAUUAAGAAAUGAUAUUCUUAUAACAUAAUUAUUCUUUGAUGAAUAAAAUAAAAAAUAAGAAUUUUUAUAAUCUUAAGAAUAUUUAACUAAUCACAUUUAUGGAUCAUUAAUUAUAGUUUCUAAUUUCUCUAAUGAGAAUAUAAAUGGUUAAAUAUUUGUUGAAAUACCAAAUGGAGCAAUUCCUAUCAAAUCUCCAUUUUACUCUAAAUCAAUUAAUAUCUCUUGUAAUCCAUUGUCCACUACAAGAUAUUCAUAUUAUUGGUAUUUCCCCAAAGAAGGUAUGUUUACUAUUCAUCCUGCUUGCUUGACUAUUUUUGAUAAAGUAGUUGCUGUAUCUAAAUCUCAAGAAUUUAAUGUUGUUAAUGUUAAGGCUAAUCCUAAUUUAGAAGUAAUAGAAGAUAUAUUAGGGACUGGAAAUAAGGCCAAUAUAUUAAAAUUCUUGGAAACAAAAAAUAUAUUUGAUGAAAAAGUGUUUAAAUCAUCUUAAAUAGUUCAUCUAUAUGAAGAUAAAGAUUUUUAUUAGUAAGUUCUUAAAAUUUAUUAAGCUAAGAAAUUUUAGGACUCAUAAAUUCUUAAUUAUGCAGUUUAUCAUGCAGAUUUUGAAGGCUUGAAAGAAUUCUUUCAAUAGCAAAAUAUUUUAGAUAAGUUUAAUUCCAUUAAAUAUUUCAAAUGCUCUCUUUUUGAAAUUAAUAAUAUUAAAAUGUUAGAGUAUUACCCAUUAAUUACAAAGCGAAUUCAUAAACUCAAAUAAGAUGAAUAAGGAAUUCUUAAUGUAGAACUUAGGAAACAAUAUAAAAAUUAUCUAUAAUAUCUAAUUGAGAAGCCACUUCAUACCAUUGAAGAUAAGAUAGGAUUCUCAUAUUAUCUCUUAUUAUAAGAAAGAAUAACAGAAGCAAUAAAAGUAUUUAGCUCUAUUUAAGAACCUAUUGAUGCUGGAAAUUGUGAAUUACAAUAUGAUUAUUUCUAAGCCUAUUUUGAUUUUUAUGUUGGUUACCCUAAUUUUCAUGAGGCUAGGAGAAUAUGUGAAAAAUAUUUGAAUUAUCCAGUUAUUUAUUGGAGAAAUCUGUUUUAUGAUAUUGCCAAUUUAUUAGCAGAAUUCGAUGGUGAUGAUGAUUAAAAAGAGGUUGGAUAAAAUAAAAAUUAAUAUUAAUCAUAAAAGUAAUUAGCCUUAAAGGAGGAGACUUUAUCAUGCGAAAUUGAUGGAACUAAAAUAUUACUCACUUAUUCAAAUCUUAAAUAAGCUACGAUCAUGUUUUAUAAUUUCAAUUAAGAAGUAGUAUUUUCUAUUGAUCCAUUCUAAUUAAAUAAAAGCAAAGAUUUUUCAAUUAUAGAAUCUAAUCAUGUAAUUAAUGUGAUAUUAGAAAAUGAAGAACCAGGAAUGUAAUUAAUAUUUUAUAUUUUAGAAUAUAUAAGAAAGCUAUUGAAAUCCCAUUGAACCUCUAAAAAGAUAAUCUAUUUAUAUAAAUAAAUGGUAUUCAUAAGAAAUGCUUCUAAAGUUAUACUUCAAAUGGAUUAAUUGUUAAUAUUAUGGAAAAUAGUGGAUAAAUUAGAGUAUGUGAUUUAAAUGGAAAAUAAUUGUCCAAAGUUUAUGUGAAAGUAUAUGUUAAAUAGAAAACAGGAGAAAGCUAUUUCUAUAAGGAUGGUUACACUGAUCUAAGGGGUAGAUUUGAUUAUGCAUCAUUAAACUCAGAAGAAAUUUCACAAGCAUAGACCUUUGCCCUUUUCAUUUCAGAUAAAUAACACGGAUCUGUUGUUAAGGAGGUGAAAACCCCAUCCCUUUUAGGAAAAUUUGAGGGGGAUGUUAAGCUUGUUUCAACUUUAUGGUAAAAAAAGGCUGAAAAUCAAAGGUCAAAUCAAAAUUGUAAAACCAUGCAAUGA